AUGCCCUCCCCUUCAGCCGUAGACGCGCAACAACGACCCCAAGCCGAGAUGAAAGCGCUGAUACUCGAACAGACCGCCGGCGACUUCAAACCCGGACCAAAGUGCUACCACCCGGCCAAGGUCGCCCAGCUUGCGGUGCCCAUCGCCGAACCGGGGCAAGUCUUGAUUAGGAUCAUCGCUGCUGCUUUCAACCAUAGGUGAGCCGGGAACUUUACGCGGCGGGAUUUGGUUGAGGCUGAGGUUGACUUGAAUACUAUGGCACCGCAGGGAUUUGUUCAUUCGUCAGAGUGGGUCCUUCAAGUUGUUCCUCACCACCGCUUGCACGCGUCCCGGACUCCCGACGAAUUCAGAUUCUGCGAUUCGAGCUGUUAGCAACGCUACAGAGGCCCUAGACAACUUUGGCUUGGCCUAGGAUUCACGAUCGAAAAAUUCCAAACUGACACUCGCCUUCCUGAUACUCCACACUCCGACCAGGCCUCUACCCCGGUGUCAUCUUUUCGACGCCCGAGCAGCCCUCUAUCUUUGGGGCCGACGCUGUCGGUAUCGUCAAAUCCCCGAACCACCCUUUGCACAACAAAGCGGUCCUAGUCGCCCCAGCCGUGAACUGGUUGUCGUCGCCCCUCGGACCCGAUCAGAAGCUACCGUUCGGUAUCUUGGGCAACGUUCGUCAGACGGGUGGAAGGGGCACUUUCGCCGAGUAUGUCGUCGUCGAUAAGGACGAUUUGAUCGAAUGCCCCGCUCAUCUGACCAAGGGCGGUAAGCAAGGGUGGUGUGAAGCGGCGGCGGCACCGUUGGGUGGAUUGACCGCGUACCGGUCAGUCAGGACUUUCGAAAGUUUGAUCGGCGAUUGCCCAAGCAGCGCUCUAACGAGAUGUUCCUCCUUCUCCGCCAGCGCCGUCUUCACCAAAGCCAAGGUCGAAAAGGGUCACAACGUCUUGAUCACCGGUAUCGGUGGAGGUGUCGCCAUCACGGCAUUGCAAUUCUGUGUCGCCGCCGGUACGUAAUUCGCCUCUGUUCAGCACCGCUUCGACGCGACGAGACGAGGUUUAGAAGCUGAUGCGCUUGUCUCAUCUUUCUGGUGUUUAGGUGCCAAUGUCUGGGUGAGUGGGUGGUGUCUUUCGGUGCGUUGCAGUCCUCGCAUCUGAGAUUGACUUCAUCUCUGCCUCUCGACGACAGGUCUCCUCCAGCUCUGAACAAAAGAUUCAACGUGCCGUCGAACUCGGAGCCAAAGGUGGCAUCAACUACAAGGACGCUACCUGGCCUAAACAACUCCAAGCUCUGCUCCCCAAGGACCGCCCUUAUCUCGACAGUGUCAUCGAUUCAGGCGGAGGCCCGAUCGCGACUCAGGUCAGUCGCCUCCUCAAAGACGGCGGCACCGUCUCCUGCUAUGGUCAAACGACGGGCCAAGAAGUCGGCAUCAACAUGGGCUUCGUACUGAAGAACCAAGAAUACAAGGGUUCGACGAUGGGUUCGAGGGAGGAGUUCUUUGAGAGCGUCAAGUUUACGGAUCGUCAUGGGAUUCGACCGGUCGUGGCGGAUGUUUUGGACGGGUUGGAGGAGGCGGAGAAGGGCUUUGAGAUCUUGAAGAACGGGUCGCAGUUUGGAAAGGUGAGAUGGGCCGUUGUUAUGCGGGGGGGUUAACGUAUCGAUGGAGCUGACUCUUGCCUUUCUCGCCCGGCACAGAUUGUGAUCUACUUGGGGGAGGAGCAGAAGCACAAGUCGUAA